UGUAAUGCAAAAUUACUCCUAUUGAAAGAUAAUUGUUAAUUGUGUAUAAAUACAGUUGGAUUAUAACAUGAGAAUUAAAACUUGUUGAUUUAUCAUAUUGUAAACAUAUAGCACUGUAAUACCUAAAUAGAAAAUAUUAAAUAUUUAUUUUACAUACUUAUACUUGAGAAUUGAAGGAAUAUUUGUUGUUAAAAGAUUUAUAAACAUUGAGAAGUAUUGGAUGUUAUAGAGAGAACAGACCCACACCUUAAGCGUGAAAUAAUUCCAUGUAUGCUUACGUAUGCUUAAAAUGGCUUACAUACUGUUAGGUGUGCUAUUGUUGACUGGUGUCAGUUUGGCAGAAAAUAUUAUUCGUUUUCAUAUAGUUGAAGAACUUCCAGUCGGAACUUUGGUUGGGAAUUUAGCAGUUGAAAGCGGACUCCAGUUUAAUUUAACAGAUGACGAACUUGAAAGCAUUCGAUACAGCUUUUUGGACAAAACAAAAAUGCGUUCUCUAUUCAACAUUCACGAAAGAACAGGAAAUGUCUUGAUAAAGUCGCUACUUGACAGAGAAACAGAAUGUAUUUUCAUGGAUUUAUGUGUUUUAUCCUUCGAUGUUGCAAUUCACUCAUCAAGUCCACAAAUGUUCGAAAUUUAUUCCAUUGAAAUAACGAUAGAGGACAUGAACGACAACUCUCCGAAGUUUCCAACUGAACGUAUUACUAUUAGAGUGCCCGAAUCAACAGUAGAAGGAACAUAUUUCGGACUUUCGGAAGCAAUUGACGCCGAUUCUACGAACAAAAACAUAAUUCAGACAUAUGAACUAGUUAAUGGGAAUGAUGUUUUCACAUUUAAUGCUUCAAAAGAUAUAGAUGGCAGAUUAUCACUAAGACUUAUUCUGCUUAGCGAGUUAGACAGAGAAGACAUCGAUUUGUAUGAAUUAGAACUUCUAGCUAAAGAUGGCGGAGAUCCAGUAAAAACUGGAACUUUAACGGUUUACAUCGACAUCGUAGACACUAACGAUAAUUCUCCAGUUUUUGAACGUGACUCGUAUGCAAUAGAUUUAAACGAGGGGACAAACAAACAAACCCCAUUGAUUGCCGUCACUGCGUACGAUAAAGAUGUUGGUGAUAAUGGAGAUAUUGUUUACAGAUUUAGUCCUAGACAACCAGACAUUGAAAGAAUUUCAAAAACAUUUUUGAUUAAUGAGAAAACUGGAGUUAUUUAUGUAGCUGGAGAAAUAACAUUUGGAAAACAAAACACUUUCAAAAUUAUUGUUGAAGCUAGCGACAAAGGCUCCCAACCUAGAACGUCUUAUGCUACUGUAACAGUCACCAUACUGGAUACUGCAAAUAACAAACCGGAAGUGUUUAUAAAUUUUCUCGUCCCAGCAAACGACAGUCUUGUUAGUAUCUCCGAAGCAGCCGAUAUAGGAACCGUCAUAGCUCACGUGACUGCAGAUGAUGCCGAUUCAGGACCCAAUGGACAAGUUAUAUGUGCUGUAACAAACCAGUAUGUAACACUUCAGAAUAUUUCUGGAAAACCCGGUUAUCUUAUUGCAUUAAAGAUGGAACUUGACAAUGAAAUGAAACAAGAACAUUAUAUAUCUGUUACAUGUUCUGAUAAUGGCUCGCCAAAAUUAAGUUCUUCAAAGAGUUUCAUGCUGCGGGUUUUAGAUGAAAAUGAUAAUGCGCCAAUAUUCAAAGAGGCAACCUAUUCGGCGACAAUUGAUGAAAAUAACCCACUUGGUAAAUAUUGUUUGAAAGUGUCCGCAACCGACACAGACAUGUGGCCAAAUGAUAAACUUCAUUACUCGUUGAUCGAAGAUUCUAAAAAUGCAUUCUCCAUCAAUCCUUCAUCUGGUGUAAUAACAGCAAACCAAAGAUUAGACAGAGAAAAGCAAGAUGAAUACAGGUUUACAGUCCUAGCCGUUGACGGCGGACGUCCACCUUUGACGGGAACAACUGUAGUCGUUUUAGUAGUGAAGGAUGUAAACGACAAUAAGCCACAAUUUGAUGUACCAUUCUUUCAAUUCUUUAUAAAAGAGAACUUACCGGCAGAUACCAUAGUUGACACGGUCAAAGUAUCUGACAACGAUACCGGAAACAACAAGAAAAUAGUUUUCUCACUUGUACAAAAUCCUGGUGAAAAUUUGCCGUUUAUCAUCAACACCAUUGGAGAAAUUAGAACAACUGCUUCGUUUGAUCGUGAAGAGGACAGUAGCUUUAUCUUUGAAGUAGUUGCCACUGAUCAAGGUAUUCCUGCUUUGUCGACAAGAAUAUUUGUCCGCGUGUACGUAACAGACGAGAAUGACAAUCAACCUUCCAUUAUAUAUCCGAACAGAGUAAACAACACAAUAACAGCGUUUUAUUCCACAGCAGUAGGAAUUUACCUCACUAAAGUCAAUGCCGUUGAUAUAGAUGAAAAUGGACCAAACAGCCAAUUAACUUAUGACAUCGUGGCGGGAAAUGAAGAUGACAUUUUUACUAUCAUUCAAACUUCGGGCAAGAUAUAUUUAAGACGACAACUUGAAGAAAGAUCAACAAGCCUGAAUUCAUUGACAGUGAAAGUUGCUGACAAUGGAAAUCCUCAAUUACAGACGAAUGUAACAUUUAUUAUGGCUUUAAGCUAUAUCGAUUCUAAUGCCAUAGCCUCGUAUUCGUCGGCCGAUUCUAGUAGCAAAAAUGUCAUAAUUGUUAUAGCAGUGGUUUCAAUGACUAUAAUAAUAUCUGGUGCUUUGAUAGCGGUGAUCUGUGUUUUACGGCGAAGUGAACAAAUCAGAAAGAAACAUAUAGAGGAACAUACCAAGAAAACGACUAUCGUUCCACAGCUUUACAAGGAAGCCAACUAUAAACCCAAUAUUGAAAUAAAUGUCCAGGAAAGUGUAUCUUACCACGAAGCGUUACCGCCCAAAGGGAAAGAAAUUCACUCUAGUUACGAUGAGGAUCUUGACAAUAUGGAACUGUAUUCGUCAUUUGGUACCUCAGUGUUUACAGAUACUCUACCAGGAUUAGAGAAACCUGGUCAGAGUAUGGAAGAUCAAAGAAUAAUUAUACGAUCGUCUUUAAAGCAUGUGCUUUCUGAUGAACAGAUAUCUGGAAUCCACAGUUUAGAUGAUAUAAGUGAGAUAUCAAAAGAAGAUUACAAUUCUGACAGUGGGCGUGGCAGUAGUGAUCCUGAUUCAACAAGACAGUCAAAUCUGUACUAUAACGAAAAAUCUACGCAAAGAUUUAAACCAGUACUGAAGUCGAAUAUUGGAGAUAGAUUCACAGACAUACAACGUGAAGACGACCGUUCUUAUAUUCCAUUUGAAAAGAAAUAUUAUGGCUUUGUGGAUAGGCCAGCAAUCCGCAGUCAAAACACAAACAGCUACAAAAAUGAUAUAAAAACUGUACGUUUUGAUGAGAAUGGACAAUUUUGUGUAGAAACUUCGUCAUUUGUUUAAUGAAUAGAAUCAGAUGUAAAGGCUAAACAGUAAUAAUGCAAAUGAAAAAUUAAUUUACUUUGAAAUUGUGUUUCUUAUUAACCGUACUUAGGCAAUUCACCAUGUACAUACAAAUCCGAACACAACUACCUGAUUGAUACAGAAACAUAUUUAGAUAUACUGGUCCUAGUUUGAUAUAACAAUUAUUUAUUAUAAAAACAAUGACACCAUCUGAGAUUACGAACGUUUGUGUGUAUGUGUGUGUGUAAUGGUGUGUGUAUGUGUAUAUGUUUAUAGUGUCAUAGACAAUUAUUGAAUCGUGCUAAUGUCUUUCUUUUCAGAUUGUACAUGUGUAAUUUAUUAUAUUAAUUUAUAAAUUAUCGUUUGUUAUCUUGCCUAACUUUGUUGUUAUGUUGUUGAAAUAACCAAAUAAAAUAUUUAAAAUCAA